AUGUCUCGCAACUACAUUCCCUGCGGCUGCAUCGUCAUCAUCGACAACACUCAGCGCUACCUCGCUCUUUCAUCUACAUCAGCUCACACAACCAUCCUCUCAACCACAUCUCGCACGACCCUCACUCAGACCUACAUCAAUAACACGGGCUCUCUACUCCGGGAAGCACGCUACGUGUUCCCUAUCUACGAUGGCGUGUCUGUCGUGGAAUUCACAUGCACUAUUGGAAAAGACGUCAUCAAAGGCGUUGUAAAGGAACGGGAAGAAGCAAAAAGAGUCUUUCAACAAGCCGUGGAAAGGGGUCAGGCCGCGGGAUUGCUAGAGCAGAGUCUCUCGGCGUCAGAUGUCUUCACCACCAAGUUGGGCAAUGUCCCAGCUGGCGAGGAAGUCAAGGUGGAGAUUACGUAUCUCGGGGAACUGGAACACGACGCAGAGUUGGAUGGAGUGAGAUUUACCAUUCCCACAGCUAUUGCGCCGAGAUAUGGGGACUCUAUGCGUUAUGGCGCUGCUUCGGCUCCAGAGGUUACGGUUGAUGGAAAGAUUGCCAUCACGGUUGACGUUGAUAUGGGGUCUGGGUGUGCCAUCAAGUCGGUCCAGUCGCCCUCGCAUCCAAUUUCCGUCAACAUUGGCACCAUGAGUACGAAUGCGUCUUCUGACCCGUCACUGCAAAUGGCAUCUGCAUCGCUGUCCCUUGGUUCAGCAAAUCUCGACAAAGAUUUCGUCGUGCAAGUUGUUUCUUCGGGUCUGGGAUCGCCGGCCGCUCUCCUCGAAGUUCAUCCAACGAUUCCCAACCGCCGCACUUUAAUGACGUCCCUCGUCCCCAGAUUCAACUUGCCAGUGGAAAAGCCCGAGGUUGUGUUUGUCUGUGACCGCAGCGGCAGUAUGGGAAGCGGCCAAAAGAUACCCAACCUUAUUUCAGCGCUCAAAAUCUUCCUCAAGUCUUUGCCCGUCGGCAUCCGCUUCAACAUUUGCAGCUUUGGGUCGCACCACAGCUUCCUCUGGCCCAAAUCUGUCGAAUACACGCAGCAGUCUCUCGACAAGGCUAUUCGUCAUGUAGAGACUUUCUCGGACGAUUACGGCGGCACUGAGAUGCUUGCGCCAAUGCAAGAUACAUUUCAGAAGAGAAUCCAGGAAUCCAAUCUCGAAGUAUUCCUCCUGACGGAUGGCGAGAUCUGGGAUCAAAACGAGCUCUUUGAGCUCAUCAAUCAAGAAAUGGCUACCAGCAAAGGAGCGAUCCGGGUAUUCACUCUUGGCAUCGGCGAGGACGUCAGCCACGCGCUCAUAAAGGGUGUUGCACGCGCAGGCAACGGCUUCUCUCAAAUCGCUGGGGAAAAUGAAAAGAUUGACAAGAAGAUCGUGCGAAUGCUCAAAGGUGCGCUUACGCCACAUAUCACAGAUUACACUCUGGAAAUCAAGUACGACCAGUUGAAGGAGGCGACCGGACCUGACACCGAACCCCUGGAGGAUGACUUUGAGUUGGUGGAAAAGGUCAUGGAUGCCUUGACGAUUGAUGUACAAGACCUGCCCGAGGAGGUUGAUGAAGCAAAACCGCAGGACCCCAAGGCGCCCAUCUCGCUCUUUGACUCAAGCGUCAAGAACGAGGAUCUGGAAAUGAAAGAUGCUUCAGACGACCUCGAACAGGAAAAGGCAUCGUUGCCCCCGGUUGACAACCCCAAAUAUCUGCAGACGCCAUUUGACAUUCCGCCUCUCUUUCCAUUCCAUCGCACAACAGUCUAUGUCAUGUUGUCUGAGGAGACUCCCGAUCGAGAGCCGAAAUCGGUCAUUUUGAAAGGCACUUCCCGUCAAGGACCCCUUGAGCUUGAAAUUCCCAUCACAAAGGUCGACCAGAACAGUGCCACAUUGCACCAGCUGGCAGCUAGAAAGGCGGUCCAAGAGCUUGAAGACGGCAAAGGUUGGCUCUAUCACGCCAAGGAUGCCAAAGGACAGCCACUCCAUGACAAGUGGGCCGCCAAGUUUUCCUACAUCGCCAAGAGGGAAGCUGUCAGGCUUGGAGUGGAAUACCAAGUUGGUGGCAAGUGGUGCUCUUUCGUAGCCAUAUCUGACGAUGACUAUGAGAGCGAAGAGACCGUUCACGCUCACCCCGAGGAAGUCAUGGCCGCAGACGACUUCAUAGAGCAUGCCAAUCUCAGGAUGGCAUGUAGGGUCGAUCAUGCCAGGAAGUCCAGCGGCGGGCGUGCAAGACACAUUGUACAGUCGGCAGCCCUGGCAAUGGGAGGAAUGGGACAGGCUAUGCGCCAGAGAAUGGCACCGAUAACGAAGUAUAAGGCUAGAGCUUUCAAAUCAUCGGCGCCGCAACUACAAUUCCAACGAAAAUCUCUUUCUGAAGAGGAAGAGGAAGAGGAAGAGGAAGAUGAAGACAUGGGAUUCGCACUCUGUGAUGACGGUGGGGCACCAGCUGCUCCUGCGGUUGAGAGCCGAAGCGCUCCAACAACCCAACCUGAAUCCGAAGGCUUGUCCGGCUUAGCUGCUCUACAGAGCUUCAUUGGAAGCUGGAAUUGGAGUGCUCAGCUUGAGAAUAUCCUUGGUAUCACCCAGGUUCAAGCUACAAAAGCCAUCAAGCUAUCCGCAAAUGGGGACGUGGCCAGCAUGCUCGCCACACUCUGCACACUCGUCUAUCUCAAGAAGAAGAUGGCUGCUGACAAGGAUUCAUGGGAGUUGAUGGCCGACAAGGCAGAGAAUUGGCUGCAGGACCAAACGGGCCAGACUGUGGAGGAGCUUGAGGCGUUGGUUGAAGAUGCUAAGCUGUUUGUUUGA